UUGGGAGGGGGCAACCGCCGCUCCUCCCGCUCUCUCUGCCGCCACUUUCUCUGCUCCUUAAAUCUAAUCCCACUUGACUGACAUGGACCGUUUCCAGUUCCACUAUCUAUUCACCGACCCCCCAUGACCUUUGCGGUUUUCAAGCCACUCCCACUAACUGUCUUCGCCUUUUUUGUUGCAUCGGCCAUUGUUGGAUCACAAGCACAGCUCCGGUUGCUGAGAAAGACUGAGAAAGAAAGAUGUCGAUAUCGGCUUUCAUACCAAUCCUCCUCCAUUUGCUGACUUCCCUCUCUGUUUCAAAUGGGGAGCAGCUAAUACUAGUCAACAACUGCAAGGAGACCGUAUGGCCCGGCAUCCUCGGCGGCGCGGGCCACCCCUCCCCCCGGGAUGGCGGCUUCGUCCUCAGCAGCGGCGAGGAGGUCGUGGUCGACGUGCCUGAUAAGUGGUCGGGCAGGAUCUGGGGCAGGCAGGGCUGCUGCUUCGACGGGGCUGGGAAGGGGUCGUGCGACACAGGGGACUGCUCCGGCCUGCUGCAUUGCCAGGGCACGGGCGGAUCCCCUCCGGCGACGGUCGUGGAGAUGACGCUCGGAUCCGCCAGCUCGCCCCUGCAUUUCUACGACGUCAGCCUGGUGGACGGGUUCAACCUGCCGGUGUCGAUGAGGCCGGUCGGGGGCGGGGUGGGAUGCGGCAUGGCCUCGUGCGAGGUUGAUCUGAACGUGUGCUGCCCCUCGGCGCUGGAGGUGAAGAAAGGGGACAAGGUGGUCGGGUGCAAGAGCGCCUGCUUGGCGAUGCAAUCGGCCAAGUACUGUUGCACCGGCAUGUACUCGAAUCCAAACACCUGCAAGCCGACCAUAUUUGCGCAUCUGUUCAAGGCCGCUUGUCCCAAAGCCUAUAGUUAUGCUUUCGAUGACGCCUCUAGUCUCAAUAAGUGCAGGGCUUCGAGGUAUGUGAUCACAUUUUGCCCACCGAUUUGAUAAGGAGCGAACAGGGGAAGCGCAGCCAUGAGUGCUAAGUUGAGUCGUACAAUUGUAAGUUGGGUCUUGUUCUAGAGAAAUAUUAGUGUGUUUCCUUCAAUUAGAUUAGUCUCCUCUUUGUCACGAACAAUUUGAUGCGAACUAGAGAUGGCAAUGGAAUCGGAAGUUAGUUUUUCUUCCUCCUCU